UUAUGUAUAUUAAAUUAAACAUUUUUAGUACAGUCGUGUUUUGAUUUGUUUGCUUAUUUUUUUAUUGUGUUUCAAAUUGUUGAAAAUGUAUGUUCCGACAUUAAAAAAAAGUAUCUUUAGUCUGUUUUGGUUGCCACAAAAUUUUAACAUAAAAAUAAGCAUCACCUUCUCUUGUAUUUCAUUUGGAUUAACCACUGAGUUCAUUCGUAAAUGCGAGAAAAAUUCAUCCGAGCUGUCAAAAAUCGUUACCGAAAACAAAAUUGGAGGCCUCAAGAUAGAACGCAAUGGCUGGUACCCUGUACACUUAUCUGGAUAACUUCCGCGUCUACAAGGCCCUGAUUGCUGCCUUGCUGCCCAGUUCUCUGGUUUCGCCAAAUUUCGUGUUCGGCGAAACGAACAAGAGUGCCGACUUCUUGAAGAAGUUCCCAUUUGGAAAGGUUCCGGCUUUCGAAACCGCCGAUGGCAAGGUCCUGACCGAGAGCAACGCUAUCGCGUAUUACGUUUGGAACGAGCAGCUGCGAUUCUGUCGUUCCUGUCGUUCGCGGACAAUGAGCUGCUGCCAGCGGUGCAUGCCAGGGAUUUCCCGUUCAUCGGAAUAAUCCAGUUCCAGAAGAACAAUGUGGAACGUGCUAAGCAGGAUCUGAAGGCUGCCCUCAAUGCCCAUUUGAUCCAUCAAAUCUUCCUAGUAGGCGAGAGCCUGAUUCUGGCCGACAUCGUAUUCGCCACCGGUACAAAGAAUUCAAA